UUCCAAAUCAAUCAACAAUAAAAAAAAAAACGAGGAAGACGGACAGACAUAAGUAGAGCAUCCGAAUCAGGAAAUCUAUAGCUUCUCGCAUUACAAUCUCAUCUUUAUACAGAACAGAGCCGACGACACUAAACUAGGAUUUUCUACUAACUAUGCCACGCAAGAAGGUGACAGAUGCGUCCGGCAACGGUGGAGUGAAGAGAAAAAGAGCUGGUGGAAAAAAGAAUGAGCGAGAUUUUAGCAGUGACGACGAGUUUGAUGACUUUGAACAAGAAAACUCAAAGAAACCCGGAAAGCCUGCUGUUAAAGCAGGACUGCAGCCUGUCACUGUGGCGGAUGAUGUGAAGGAGAAGAUUAAACUUGAAGUUCCACAAGUCAAAGGUCAAGUGCUUGUUUUUGGAGCCACCAACUGGGAUUUGAUUGGCAGGAAAGAAGUGCCAAAACAACAAGCUGCUUACAGGAACCUUGGGCAGAAUCUGUGGGGUCCACAUCGCUACGGAUGUCUUAAUGAUAUCCAGGUUAGCUAUGUGAUGUCUGGACCCUGUGCUGCCCACAGUCUCCUCAUCACCACAGAGGGCAAACUGUGGAGCUGGGGUCGCAAUGAAAAGGGGCAGUUAGGGCAUGGAGACACUAAACGAUUGGAGGCUCCAAAACUAGUGGAGGGACUGGGAGAGGAAGUGAUUGUAGCAGCUGCCUGUGGUCGAAAUCACACCUUGGCUUUAACAGAAAAUGGUACCGUCUACUCGUUUGGAGAAAAUAAACUGGGACAGCUAGGUCAAGGCAAUCAGACAGAUGCUGUGCUCAGCCCAGCUACAAUCCAAUACAACGGGCAGCCCAUUGUCAAAGUUUCCUGCGGUGCAGAGUUCAGUAUGAUAGUGGACUGCAAGGGGAACCUUUAUUCUUUCGGGUGCCCUGAAUAUGGCCAGCUUGGGCAUAACUCAGACGGAAAGUUCAUUGCUCGUGCCCAGCGCAUCGAGUUUGACUGUGAGCUGAUUCCUAGACGGGUGGCCAUUUUUAUUGAGAAGACCAAGGAUGGCCAAGUGCUUCCUGUGCCCAACGUUGUGGCUCGGGAUGUAGCAUGUGGUGGCAAUCACACGCUGGUUCUGGAUUCCCAGAAGCGUGUGUUUUCCUGGGGAUUUGGGGGAUAUGGUCGUUUAGGUCACGCAGAACAGAAAGAUGAAAUGGUCCCGCGGUUAGUCAAGCUUUUUGACUUCCCUGGCCGUGGAGCAAGCCAAAUAUACUGUGGCUACCAGUGUUCCUUCGCUGUGAAUGAAACGGGUGGACUGUUUUUCUGGGGAGUGACAAACACUUCCCGUGAGUCCACCAUGUACCCUAAAGCUGUGCAGGACCUGUGUGGAUGGAAGGUACGCAGUCUGGGUUGUGGGAAGAGCAGUAUUGUCAUAGCAGCUGAUGAUAGCACCAUUAGCUGGGGACCGUCUCCCACAUUCGGAGAGCUGGGAUAUGGUGACAACAAGCCCAAAUCAUCCACUACUGCUCAAGAGGUUAAAACUCUGGAUGGGGUUUACGCUGAACAGGUGGUCAUGGGCUAUGCACAUUCCCUGGUUAUUGCUCGCCAAGAGACAGAGCAGGAGAAGGAAAGGCUCAAGAAGCUGCCUGAAUACAACCCACGCACACUCUGAUCAGAUACAAUCUUAUAAUUGUUCACAUUUCUCCGGGGGCUUUUUUCUUUAUCAAUGGAUUGGCCCUCUGCUCACUAGGUCAUCUGGGUUUUCACAGUUCGUUUGGGUUGGGAUUUUUUCCUUUUUUAAGGAAAAUUCAUUUUUGAAGCCACAUGCUGGGGUAAAGACUGGGGCAAACACUUUCAAAAGCACUCGGAUUCCACUGGAUCCAUCCCCUUUACUUUAACAUUCCUGAGGGAAGGCUGUCAUGUGUUUUUGUUUUGUUUCGUUCUGUAAUGACUGACAUCCAUGUCUGCUCUCUUCCAAAACUGGUGCUAAAUCAUUCUAAUGCAGACUAUCAAAUGGGCUAAUGGUUAACUAAAAAGACAAACUCACUCCAUACUUGUGCCUUUUUAAGUGAGGUGAUUCAGGCAGUGGACGUUUGGUUAUUCCAACAACAAAUCACCUCACACGUGUUACGGGGCACAUCACCUUUUUAAACAUCACUUUCAUUACUUCCAUCACCAUCGUACAUAAGAACAACAUUUCAAGGAGAGACCAUAUGAGCGGUAAGAUCUUUUCUCAGAUUUAAGAUGGGCUUCUCUAUUACAAUCAGGGACGUAUUUUCAUAACCUGCAAUGCAAGCAAGCCGUCAGAUGUGAGGAUAUUGAAAAGUAUUAUACUCGGACUUCGUUUUCUAGAAAUGCAAAUCAUUUAUAUUUACAUCAAAUCAUCUUCAUGCCUUUGCUAGUAUUAUAAACUACAGAAAUGCUGUUCUCGUGUUGAUUUUAGCAUGUUUUGGAAUUAAUGGAUUUGAUGUUGAGAAGUGUAGGACUGUCCCAUUAACUGGGACCACAAUGUUCUUUACAGAGUUUGCGUCAUUUCAUGCAAUAUGUUGAGUACUGUGCCAUUUCUGUGUUCACCAGGGCUUAAACUGUGAUCACAUUCUUUCAUCUUAAGUUCACACACACGAGUCCAUUCUCAGUUUGCAGGCAAGCAGCAAGCUGAUGUGUUUUAUAUGGAAACAACAGUUUUAAAUUUUGUGUACUUGCAAGAAUCUAGUUCAUUUGUCUAGACUGUGUACGUCCAGGAACUGGAAUUCCAACUUGUUUUUUGAUUUCUGAAAUGUUUUUUUUUCUUAUUAUUAAAUAAAGGUUCAUGUAAUUUGG